AUGAGUUGGUAUGAUGAGGUGGUCGUACCAGAUGAAGGAGCUUUCUGCAACAUAAGCACUCUGAAAUGGGAGCUAAUAUCAAAAUGUUUGACUGUUAUGACCAUCGUAAGGAACAUUUCCUUCGUUAUCAUGAAUGACGUCGAGCUAUCGAAACACCCGGGCUUGAUACUUGUUCUUGCAAAGUUACUAAGACUGAAUCACAAGCAUAGAGUGAGGCAGUUUGUCUCUGAACUGGAUGAUUAUGUGGAUGACGAGUUUGAAGGUGACGACGACUUUAAAGAUGAUGUUUUAUGGUGGUCGGUAGCUGAGAACCUGAGAGAGAACUCCUUGGUGAUCCUGGCUAAUAUAUCCGGUCAGCUGGACUUGACGAGAUUUCCUGAAGAGAUAUGCAUUCCUCUGUUAGAUGGGCUGUUGCAUUGGAUGGUCUGUCAGACCAACGAUCCCAAUGACGACGCUUCCUCGCAUCAGCAACUCCACCAACACCAUCAUUACUUUUUCAACAGCAGCAGCAGCAACUUCAACAAUCAAGGGGACCAACUGACAUUCAGACGUCUGGCACUGGAGUCCCUCAGUAAAUUAUGUGUACUCGAUUCGAAUGUUGAUCUCCUUCUGGCCACACCUCCAUUCAGUCGGACCUUCCUACUCGUGGUCAAGUUGGUGAACCUGUUCGAGGAAGGUCAGCCCCUGGUCGUCAGAGAGAUGUCCGUCGGUUUGAUAUCGAGGCUACUACCAGCCGACCCAUCCAUCUGUCGAAUACUGGCCCUACAGCGCACGUUCAUCUCGUCGGUAGUAAAUUUCAUCGAGUCGUGUGUCGAUGGCAGACUGUCGAUUGUUGAGGCGUACGGCCAGAACUCGCAGCAGUUUGCGUCCCUGUCGAAUGCCUCGACGAGCAUCGACGUCCUCUACAGAGUGGCCGUCAUCUUGAAGACGCUGUCGGAGGCAGCCGAGAACAAGAAGCUAGUAGCCAGGUACCAGCAGCGUCUGCUCAUGCUCGCGACAUCUUCAUCUCUUCAUAAAAAAAUCACAUCUAUAAUAUCGUCGAUUCUUUACACUUGCAUUUGA